GUAUAUAUCCCAACAAACUCUUAUCUUAAUUACCACCUCUAUUUUCUUGUCCCUCAGCUUGGAAGAAGAGUAGCCAUGGCAGCCGGGUUAGCGAUAACAAGUGAAUACAGGCAUUACAAUGGCAAGUUGACCCUGAUUGUGGUAAUAUCUUGCAUGGUUGCUGCCAUGGGAGGUAUCAUUUUCGGCUAUGAUAUUGGAAUUUCAGGUGGAGUGACUUCAAUGGAACCAUUUCUGAAGAAAUUUUUCCCAGAGGUUUACAGAAAGAUGAAAGAAGACACGAAAGUCAGCAACUACUGCAAAUUUGAUAGCCAUCUUUUAACCACGUUUACAUCCUCUCUCUACAUAGCUGGCCUUGUAGCUUCCUUCUUUGCCUCUUCUAUAACCGGAGCAUUUGGCCGCAAGCCUUCGAUCCUGGUAGCUGGUGCCUCAUUCCUUGCUGGUUCGGCUCUAGGUGGCGCAGCUGUUAACUUGUUCAUGCUAAUAUCUGGUCGCAUCUUGCUUGGUAUUGGAGUUGGCUUUGGAAACCAGGCAGUCCCACUUUAUCUCUCAGAAAUGGCACCACCAACAUUCAGAGGAGCAAUCAACAUAGGCUUCCAAUUAUGUGUUGGCAUUGGAGUACUAUCAGCUAACCUCAUCAACUUUGGCACUGAAAAGAUCAGAAGCGGCUGGGGUUGGCGAAUCUCCCUAGCCAUGGCAGCAGUUCCAGCUGCAUUACUAACACUAGGUGCUCUUUUCCUACCAGAAACACCAAACAGCUUAAUCCAACGCACAAAUGACCACGAAAGGGCCAAGCUGAUGCUACAACGUACACGAGGAAUGGUGGAUGUGCAAGCGGAACUGGAUGAUCUCAUUGAAGCAAGUAACAAAUCAAAAACAAUCGAUCACCCUUUCAGGAAAAUUGUACAAAGAAAGUAUAGGCCUCAACUUGUUAUGGCAUUAGCUAUACCAUUCUUUCAACAGCUGACUGGAAUAAACGUCAUCUCUUUCUAUGCUCCAAUCCUCUUUCGGACACUCGGUUUAAGUGAAAGCAUGUCACUUUUGUCUGCAGUCAUUAGCACAGGAGUGGUGGGUACUGCAGCAACCUUCCUAUCAAUGCUUAUGGUGGACAAACUAGGACGAAGAGCUUUGUUCCAAAUAGGGGGUAUUCAGAUGUUUUUGUCCCAAAUCAUAGUAGGCAGCAUUAUGGCAGCUAAGCUUGGUGACGUUGGUGGCUUGAGCAAAGUAUAUGCAUAUUUGGUUCUGUUCUUCGUAUGUAUAUACGUAGCUGGGUUUGCGUGGUCAUGGGGGCCCUUAGGAUGGUUGAUUCCGAGUGAAAUUUUUCCGUUGGAGAUUCGAUCAGCUGGACAAAGUAUUACAGUGGCAGUGAACUUUCUAUUCACUUUUGGUAUUGCUCAGACAUUUCUUUCUAUGCUUUGCUGCUUCAAGUCUGGUAUCUUCUUUUUCUUUGGAGGAUGGGUGAUGGUAAUGACUGCAUUUGUGUACUUCUUGUUGCCUGAGACUACAAAUAUUCCUAUUGAGAAAAUGGAUGAAGUGUGGGGAGAGCAUUGGUUUUGGAAGAGGAUUGUGGGUGAAGUGAGGGAGGACAUUAAGCUGUAAAGAUUAAGGGUUGGCUUCAGGCUUAGCAUCAGGAGGAAAGCUUACUUCGAGAAUAAUGGAGAAAUGAGAAGUUUUAUUUGCCGAAAGACCCUCCACUCGCAUCUGAAAUAAUAACAAAACAGGCAUGUAUCGCUUUAGCAGUUGAGGUUUCAAGGAAUGCUAUCCAGGACUAUCCUCCGAGGAAACAGUCACAUUAGACACGUGAAAAACUAAACAAAGACCGUACAUAUCAUGAUAUUGGUAGAAGAAAAAGAAAUGACGCACCAAAAGUAUGGAAUACUGUGGAAAAGUACGGAAUACUGUGGAAAAUCCUAGCUGUUUACCUUAUAGUUACGAAUGUGUGUCUUGAAACCCAUUGAUUGGGCAACAACUUCCAUACUUGAUAGUACGACCUUUGCUGGCUUUUGUGAGACAAAGCGUGUCUGAUACUUCAUACAAUCCUAUCAGUGAGGGAGGAAAAUUAAUACAUUGCAUUAUUAGCAACUGACACAAGAAACUAUCUCUCUCAUGUAACAACAUUGGAUCGCAUGAUGUUCAGAGAUUAAUCUCGAUUCACAGUGGAAUGUCAUGCUUGUGUGACAGAUUGAAAGAACCAGAAGACAUAGAGUAUAAGUUUACUAGAUUAGCUAGUUUUCAGGGUGUGAAUAUGACAUGCACAACCAUGUGAUGGCCACAAUAUAAAUGUAGAGGUAUCAUUUACUCAGCUGCUAUAGCAUAAAGAGAGAGGGAAGUAAAUUA